CCAAGGUGACCGGACGCUUUCACGGAAUUUCGUUAGCACACAAGGAGAAUUAAGUCAUUUAAUGUAGCUUACUCAUGGAUUUAACACAGUGUCAGCUGUUCAUUUUGGAUCCCGGGUGUUAUAUUCACGGUCUUUAAGUAAAAAAGCUGUCAAAUAAACGCUCUUUUAAAGUUUCACGACCUUAAAACCUUGCAAAUAUAAAUUUUCUUGUAACUGUCACAAAGUUGUCAAGACCAGCGGAACAAAUGGCGGCUUCGAAAGCAGUCGUUCCCGGACGAGCAUUAAGGACGUCCAAAAGAGCUGACAAAUCAUCCCCAGCGUCCACUCAGAGCUUUAUGGAAAGACUGCCAUCUGAGAUCCUGAUUAAGAUUUUGUCAUACCUGGAUGCUUUCACACUUUGCUGCAUAAACCACAUCAAUAAACUCUUCUAUCAGCUUGCCAACAGCAAUGCUCUGUGGAGAAAGCUUUACAUUGCGGAUUUCAGCAAGAAUAAAAAGUGCAGGGACAAAUCUCUGUUGAGGAUGGCCACGAUGGAGGUGCAGGAUCGACCCGAAGGUUACUAUAAGAGGCUGUACUUCAAGACUGUAGCCGAAUGUGACAUGAUCAAGUGGACGAGGCGGCUUGGACUCAUCAGUAUUCACACAGGGCUACCCAGCCAAACAGAGUGGGUCCUCAGAAACUUGAACGUCACCUGGGAACUGACAGUCAUGGAUAAGUCAGGGCGUGAGAGCACUUUGGAGCAGAGCCGGUCCCAGUUCACUGAGACUUCAGUGACACUGUGCUGGAGCGGAGGAGACCGUUUGCCCGACUACCAGCAGAUUUCCACCCUUCAGCUGUACGGUGUCAGGAGGCUAGCCUGCGUCAGCCCAAAGAGACUUGUUUGUAGGUCCCUCAUGGAGAAGUUAGACAUGCAGACUCUAACUAAGAACAUGCAAGUCAUUGGCCAGGACAAAUUGGUGCAGCUUAAGUUGCUACAGCCUGGCAUCAUCAUCGGUGUCUGGAGGGACCAGUGCUCAGUUGCCUUUAUCAUGUUCACCCUCCACUUCCACAAGCUGGUGGAAAGAAGCACUCAGGGAUCUUCUGUUUGUUCUUAUGUGGAGCCGGUGGUCCAACCCCCUUUCUGUGAUAUAGACCCUGAAUACGGUCUCCAUGGUUACCAGCUACACAUUGUUCUCCACAACACUGUAUGCGAGCUCAUGUCCGGAAGCUUUCUCCAGCUCUUCUGCCGCAGAACUCAGAUCUCUGAUGGGCUGAUCCAGCUAACAGUCAUUAGCAGCACAAACCUGUCCCAGCACACAUCUCUGUCUGGCGACAUCACCCUGCCCUGGCGUUGUGAGGCCCUGCAGGGCACAGUGGAGAAUUGCUGCAUUAUGAGUCUGACUCUGCUAGAUGAAUUUAGGAAGCCCUUCAAGUGUGUCACCUCGCCCGUUUCAGCGGAGCUGGAAAGGACGCCCGUGUGCUACGACUAUGACGGUUUGGAUUCACCAUGCAGCACCAUCUGAUUGGCAAUGGCUUCAAUUUCUAACAUGACAAUAACCCCAGAGCCACUGUCCUCCAGAACCCUGCAGAACUAUUGUUGAAGACUACUUAAAGAAACUGCCAAAGGGAGUUCAGGCUGUGUUAAAGAAUAAAGAUGGUCAUGCAAAUAUUGACCUUCAAAAGUUCUGUUUUUGCCUUAUAUACUGUAUUUCCAUGUAUACUUGGAUAUGUUUAAAUAAAUUGCUCUAUGUUCGCGUUGGAGGAAUAGUGAUUGGAGUAAGUUAUAGUAUAUAAUCUAUGUUAUAUGUCCUAUAAGGAGUAAGUUCUGUCAAAUGUACGUCCACCAGUGAUGGUUUCAUAGCCUGUAGUCCUGUAUUUGUCUAUUCUUUGCCUUCAUCAUUUUGCUGGUCCCUUAUUGCUUAAAGUAUCUAAAUUACUAACAUUGUCAUUAAUUAUUCUUGUUCAUUAAUUACUGUAGUGAUGUCAACAUUUGAAUGCACCCACUCUUCAGUUAACAGUCUGAGAUUUUACUAAAUGGAAGUGAAAACAUUUGCUUUACAUGCAUGAAUAAAAUAAAAGU